AUGGACGAUCUUCUGAGCAAAUCCUCCGGCUCCUCGACUGGCUUGCACACCUACAACAGCGCCGCCGAUCUGACCAGCGGACAUGUGUGAGGGAGACGCGCACGCCUUCAACACUUCCGGCUCUUUUCAGCAUUUCCCUCGAAAAGAACGAAUAUCUGUUCGAUCUGAACACGAAAAAUUCGUGCACUCGCCCGCUGGAGAGUUUCAUCAAGCUCCUCUCCACCUCGAACGUCGCCAAAGAGUUCUCCAACUUUGCCACACUCGCCCUGUCCCGUCUCCGCACCGUCGACGCCUUCUUCGAUCAUCCGACGCUCAACAAGAUCGGCGAGAUUCAGGUGUACGAGGGCACACGUGUCCGGGCGACUCACAAGCAGGGCCACAACUACAUGAACGCCAGCUGGAUCGACGGAUACCGCGACGUGCGCAAGUUCAUCGUCGCGCCGUCGCCCAUCGCUGACACCGUCGAUCAGUUCUGGCGGUGCAUCUACGAGCGCAACUCGUUUGUGCUCGUCACCCUCUCCGAACUGACCGACGAGCACGGCAAGCCGUUCGUUCCUGUAAAAACGGGUGAGCCGUUGGUGCUGGAAGAGAUGAGCAUCGAGAUUGACAAUAUCCGGAAAGUUCGCCAAGGAUGUCACUCGGCGGUUCUCAAAGUGACGCCGAAAGGACACCCGGCGAAGACGGUGCUCUUGAUCUCGUACAUUGGCUGGGGACCGAUGGGCUAUCCGCAACGCCCGUCCGAUGUUCUGGAUCUGGUGGCCGACAUGAACCACAUGAAGGUGAUCAUGAAACAGAAGAACGUGGCGGAUAAGAAGGUCGACGAGAAGCACAAGUGAGCUGGAAUUCUCGUUCUUUGCUCAUUUAUCUUUUCAGCACCCCGAUCACUCUGGUGUGCUUCGAUGGAUUCGGAAGAAGCUGCACGGUGGCUGCCCUCGAUAUUCUCUGCCAGCGCCUCGAAGCGUCGCACGCCGCGGGCGCCCCAUUCGUCGACAUUCUCGACACGAUUGCGAGGCUGAGAAUGCUCCGCGGAGGCGCCUGCAACGUCAGUGUGCAGUUUGACUCCUACUGCAACCCCUCUCGUUUCAGAAGGCCGACCAGUUCCUUUUCCUCUCGUUGGCCGUUCUCGAGUACGCGAUCCGCCACCGUCUGAUCGAAGCGGAGCUCUUGAGCAAGAUCAAUCUCGAUGGAUUCAUCAUUCGCAACAACGCCGAGUCCGCCUAA